UCCCCUGAGCGCUCCCCUGGCCCCAGCAUCACCUGGACGGGUGGCAGAGCCAGCUGUGCCGCGUGGAAGCGGCGGGAGAGACGCAGUAAAGUUGUCCCAUACCCCGGCCGGGACAGGAGGGUGCUGGCAGGCUGCUCCGCCCUGCGCCUUCCCCGCCUCGGCUGCCCGGGGGAGACGCCAGCCCACAGCCCGUGUAGCAUCCUUAGCAAGCGCAGGGUUUGGAGUUGUUAGCUGCUGCAACGUCCCGCUGAUGUUUGCCUUCUGUGCUGGGUCUCUGUAGUUACCUCUGCUGCCAGUUGUUGUAGUUCCUGGGACUUUCUCCACAAUCUCAAAGGGUGGUCAGAGCUUGUAACUUUUGAGCGCGAGAGCCCGGUCACAAGUGUGCCUUGCUCUUGCAAACAGGGUUUAGUCAACGCAGAAAAGGCUUGUUCAUCUUGUGAAGCUCCUUUCUAGGAUUCUAGUGACAAAACUGUGUGGUGGUCUUAUUUCUAUCAGAACCAGUUCUUGCUUCCAUCCUGCAGGAAGGUACAUUGUAGUAACAUGUGUGUGCCAGAGCCUGCCACAGACUACAUUAGCUGCCUCCUGUCACUGUCUUCUAUUUUUUUUCCUAAACGGCUGAUAUUUUUAACUGUAUACCUUUUGCUGCCACGGAUUUUGUGUACUGUGUUGCUAUCUCCCACUCUAAAGUCUCCUGAAAACUUCAUCUGGUCCCCUUGUCAUUAUGUGAUCCAGAAGCCAGCGUAGCUGGUGUUUCCUCCUAGUUUUCUGUCAUCCCUCCUCUUCAUGCUUCCACCUUAAGUUGUUCCAGAGUCCUGGACUUUCUUGCCCUCUAUGCACAGAGAAAAGGAAAGAGGAAUUGUGUCUGUGGACGUGAAACCUUUUUUUUUUUUUUAAAUGGAUAUUUUACAAUGUGGUACUGUAUUGAAACAAAUGUUGCAAAGGCAUCUUGUAAAAUAGUAAAGAGCAGAAAUCAAACCUGUAGUAUCUAUUGAUCGUGCCUGAAUGAGCUGGACAAGAUUUUUAUACAGGAUGCCAGUAUUGAUCUGUGCUUUGUCUUGGACGUGGCUGCUGUGGAAGAGGGCCAAGGAGGAUGCCAAGGACUGCGUCACUGAUUCUUGACAGCGAGGAACUUGACAAAAACUCCAGCAAGGACAGAAGAAUGCCUUUCUCCCACAAACUCCCAUUUGUGGUAUCAAAUUCCUAGAAAUCUGCAGGUGCUGUGGAGGUAGUAGGAAACCUGAGGUUGCUAGACCUGCAUGGCUCCUACUGAUAACUGCUCAGGGCCUGACAAAGUGGAAAGAACAAAAGUGAAUGUUUUUGACUUUGUGAAAACCUCUUAAGAACAUGCAUUCAUAGUGCAGGCAUGAAGGGGUUGCUGAAAGGUGAAAAGUGAAAAAAAAAAAACAGAGAAGCCAAAGUGAAGGGCUUCUCUUUGAUGAAGGAGAUGUCAGAGAACAGGCUCUCUCCAUCCAGGAGGCUGAAGAGAUCUUCAAAACAGCACAUCAAGUCUUGCAGUGACCUAGGAAACUGCACAACUGUCUGGGGCUGCAGCUGCAGAAAUAGUUGUCAGAAACACUGAGUGGCAUUGGAAGGUGUGAUCCAUGAAAGCUGCUGUUUUAUCUACAGAUACUUCUCUUGAUGUCUUACUAUGUCAUAUGAGCUGUAAGCUUCAUCGGCCCCAGAGUAAACAUUGGAGGCAGUCUGCCACUGGAACAUUCUUCAGGAACACCUUUGCAUGGCAGUGAAAGCAGCUGUGUGGGAGAGUGUUGUGAGCUGAUGCGAGUGAGCCUGUGCUGUUUGAGGUCCCCAGCCCUCCUGCCUGAAACGUGAGGAAAUGCUACAAUGAGCUGCUCAGUGCCUUGGUACUUGUUACAACAUCCUGUUCAUACUGCUGAAGCACUUGGACUCAGAAGAACAAAGCUGGUGAUGAGACUUGAAGAAACUGAAGUUAGUGUAGCCAGUCCUGGUGGCCCCUGCUAUUUUAGUCAUCUUUGUGUGUGUUACAGACUGUUUAAUAGGUCUUCCCUGGCUUGUGCUGGUGCACAGGCCUAAAGAGUGAGCUUGUGUGCUUUGCAUCCAGGAAUUCCUGAAAGUACUUGCAGGACAAAAUGAGCCCUACACAUCAAAACACAGCCUUCCAUUCCUGCCUGGAUUGAGCCUCUCAAGAGUUGUUGAUUUUGCUCUCAAUGCAUUUACGUCCAGUGGUUUCCCUCAAGAAGAAAAUGAAACUGAAAGGAAAACAGAACUGAAAGAAAAACUAAUAAAAGCAAAACUCAUUAUUUUAUAGCGUGAAAUAGGAAGACUGUGACAGAGCAGAGUACUUUGAUACCCUUUGCAGACCAUGCCAAGUAGCUGAAGGGCGUAGCUAGUGAUGGUGAGUCCAACUUCAGAGCAAUAUGACAGUUUGCUCCAGCAGAUGUCAGAGAGGAUUGAUGAGGGAUGUGGGGAGACCAUCUAUGUCAUUGGACAAGGAUCAGAUGGGACUGAGUACGGGCUGAGUGAGUCAGACAUGGAGGCGUCCUAUGCCACGUUGAAGAGCAUGGCAGAGCAGAUCGAGGCAGACGUGAUCCUCCUGAGGGAGCACCAUGAGGCCGGGGGCAAGGUGUGCGACUACCUUGUUCGGAAACGUGUGGGUGACAACGACUUCCUGGAGGUCAGGGUAGCAGUGGUUGGCAAUGUGGAUGCAGGGAAGAGCACCUUGCUGGGUGUCUUGACUCACGGCGAGUUAGACAAUGGCCGGGGCUUUGCUCGGCAAAAGCUCUUCCGCCACAAGCACGAGAUUGAGUCAGGCCGCACCAGCAGUGUGGGCAACGACAUUUUAGGCUUCGACAGCGAGGGCAAUGUGGUGAACAAACCUGACAGCCAUGGUGGCAGCUUGGAAUGGACAAAGAUCUGUGAGAAAUCCACCAAGGUCAUUACAUUUAUUGACCUGGCUGGUCACGAAAAAUACCUGAAAACCACUGUCUUUGGUAUGACCGGCCACUUGCCUGACUUCUGCAUGCUUAUGGUUGGGAGCAAUGCUGGGAUUGUUGGAAUGACCAAGGAGCACUUAGGCCUGGCGCUUGCACUUAAUGUUCCUGUCUUUGUUGUGGUGACCAAGAUUGACAUGUGCCCUGCCAACAUCCUGCAAGAAACCCUGAAGCUGUUACAGCGACUGCUGAAGUCCCCAGGGUGCAGGAAGAUUCCCGUGCUGGUUCAAAGCAAGGAUGAUGUCAUUGUAACAGCCUCCAACUUCAGCUCAGAGAGGAUGUGCCCAAUUUUCCAGAUUUCAAAUGUUACUGGAGAGAAUCUAGAUUUGCUGAAGAUGUUUCUUAAUCUCUUGUCUCCACGGACCAGUUACAGGGAAGAAGAGCCAGCAGAAUUCCAGAUAGAUGAUACUUACUCUGUCCCGGGUGUAGGAACAGUUGUCUCUGGGACGACACUGAGAGGCCUAAUCAAGCUAAAUGACACCCUGCUGCUGGGGCCUGAUCCCCUUGGCAACUUCCUCCCUAUUGCUGUCAAAUCCAUCCACCGCAAAAGGAUGCCUGUCAAGGAGGUGCGGGGAGGCCAGACUGCCUCCUUUGCCUUGAAGAAGAUCAAGCGUUCUUCCAUCCGGAAAGGCAUGGUAAUGGUGUCACCCCGCCUGAAUCCACAAGCGUCAUGGGAGUUUGAAGCAGAGAUUCUGGUGCUCCAUCAUCCCACCACCAUCAGCCCACGAUAUCAGGCCAUGGUGCAUUGUGGCAGCAUCCGCCAGACAGCCACGAUUCUCAGCAUGGACAAGGACUGCCUGCGGACAGGGGACAAAGCCACGGUGCACUUCCGCUUCAUCAAAACCCCCGAAUAUUUACAUAUAGACCAGCGGCUGGUCUUCCGGGAAGGCCGCACCAAGGCCGUGGGUACCAUCACUAAGCUACUCCAGACCACCAAUAAUUCACCAAUGAACUCCAAGCCACAGCAGAUCAAGAUGCAGUCAACAAAGAAGGGAGCUGUUACGAAACGAGAGGAUGGUGUUCCCGCCGCUGGGAUGGCAGCUGGAGGCCCAGCAGCUGGGGAUGAGGCCCCCUCAACAGCUGCAGCACCACUGACACCUACUGCCCUGCAACCAUCGCCUGCACUGGAUGAAGAGCCUCACAUCCGUGAGGGCAAUAAGGUAUUUGGCUGCUCUCAAAGAGAAACAGUGGGUUUGCUGAGGUUGGGAAAAGAGUCAGGUGAGCCUGAGAGCCGUGGUAGGGGGUGGGGGGGCUCUCCUUCAAUUCUGCACGCAGUCAAGAGAGCCUAAGGCCUUAAUUUCCUGUAUGCUGACCCCCAUUGCACCUGCUGGCUCUCAUGGGAGUGAAGCAUUUAGAAGCUUGGGAAAUCAAAGUCUUCCCAGCUUGAAGGGCAAAACUUCAUGGUGCAUCUGUCUCUCCUUCUCUCAUGCUGUCUAUCUCCCUCCUGCCUUAUCUCCUUCCUGCAGUGGUAGAAAGCUGAUCAGUCACAACUCCCCUUCCGCUGUCUGAAUGUGUGUGUGAUCCAUCUGAGCUCCUGCUGUGUUGAUAUCCCAACUGAGUUGCUUUGCACUAAAGUCAAUCUUGUUUUUCAGUCAAAAGUUGGAGGAGGAGGCCGUCGACGUGGGGGUCAGCGCCAUAAAGUGAAAUCUCAGGGAGCCUGUGUGACUCCUGCCAGUGGCUGCUGAAUUUCUUAUUUCUCCUCUGUCUGAGGAAUUCCUCUCCUUCCCUUCAUCUCUUAUCCAAAACAUCCAGAGCAGCGUAAACCAAAACCCAUCCCAGCUGAUUGGCUGCAGAAGAAUCGUCCCUCCUCCCUGCAGGAAGCGAUGGAGAGGAGCAUAAUUUAUAAGCUAAUGAAGGUGAUAAGACAGAGAACUGAGUAACUGACACCUUCCUCCUCCCCCUGUCGACACAUUUUUGUACAUCAUGGGCUUAGUUUUUAUUCUUAUUCAUUUUUAUUAUAUUUUGUGUGCAUGAAGAUGAGAGGGGAGUCUGGAUAGAGCUGCAAAGAGCCAGUUAGUUGCCUCCCUCCUCCCUGACCCCUUUCUGUCCACAGGACUUGCUGCUCUCCCCUAUUUGCUGUUUCAGAUCCAGGGGUUAUCAGAUGCUUGAAAUUUCAGACCUGCAAAGUUUAAAACAGGUUGUUUAGGAUGGAUCCAUGGAGCACCGUUGCAUCACCACUGUGGCCUUGUGCCAAAUAUGUUUUGGAUUCCCUCCCUUUUAAACUAUUAAUUUAAUGUUGUAAUGACUGAAGUUGGAAGGAGAUGGUGAGAAAGUUCCUUAGUUGGAUAUCUAAGAGAAACAAAUUGGAAAGGAGUUGUUGAUGUUAAAUUCAGGGAUCCUAUGCUCAGUAUCCUCAAAUAAUGUUGAUAGCACUUAAAUUUUUAACUAGCAACAGAGUUAAAUAGGCAGACAUUUACCCAGCCCGUUCCCCUUCCCAUCAUGCUGCUUUUCCUAGUGUUUGUUCAGUGUACAUUGGAGCCAAUCUAACCUGCCUCUUAAGGCUGCAGCAGCUCCACUGACAGUAUUAAGAACAGUGCAGGAGAGUCAGUCCGUCCCUUGAGCCAGAGGAAGCCUUCUCACCUCGACAGACAGAGGUCACAGGUGGCAAGAUACAUUUUGAAGAUACAUACCAGGCUAACAUGACCUCCCCUUGAUUUUGUUUACUCCAAGAUUUCCAAAACCUUUUUGGAACUCACUGGCCAAACUUUGCCAUCGCAGAGGUAGGAUUUGUCUUCUCUUCUUGGCCAAAGAGGACAGUAACAAACUGGUACCAAGUUUAUAGAAGUGCUUUCAAGGCUGGAAGUACAUGGUAAUUUUUCUGACUUCCACUGAAUUUUUUUUAAGAUUUUAUUUUUCAUAAUGAGAAAUUCUGGCUUCUCCAAGAAGGUCCUGCAAGGACAGUUUAUGAAUUACUGUUGAAAUGGUUUUUUUAACCAUUUAAUGAGUUUUUCAAGUGAUUGAUUCCCUGCCUGUUUUGAUCUGUUUUCUUCUAACCCUUCCUCCCUGCUUGGCUCUGGUGAGGACAGGAAUUAUCCUCUGCCAGCUUGUGGUGAGCUCUGGGAGCGUGGUAGCAUUUUUAGGAGGUGGCAUCCUCAGCAAAUCAUGGGUCUCUGCAGCAGGCACAGUCAGGCUCAGUUUCUCUGGGGGCUUCCUCCUCCAAUGAAGGACUUUUAUUUUAAUUAGAGACUGCAAAGUUUCUGUCCCUCCUCAGCAGGUUGUUCCUGUUCCUCACUCUGUGUCACCUGUGUGGAGUUCAUUCCAGUUCACCUUGUGACUCAGGAUAGGCUUCUAGGCCAGCUGAGUGGCAGAGCGCAUUUCCCGCUGCCAACACCAGCACUCCAAGAGCAUUAAAAGGCACGGGAGAGGCGAGAAAUGUGGUUUGGAGAUGAGGGUCCUUUGCCUUAGAGACUGCAGUGGGUGGAAGGGGGAGGUCAGACAGUCCUUUUCCAAGCUAUGUGCCUAAAUACCAGCACUCCUGGCCAGGGAGGAACUAUAGGCGGCUACAACACUAAUAGCACCCACAUUGUGAGGGGGUGUGAGGUGUGGCUAAGCAGGGCAAGAGCGCCUGGCUUGUUUGUCUUCUGGCCCUGUAGCAGCAUCAAACUGCAUCUGAUUUCACUGCCCUCUGCUUCUGAGGGGAGCAGGGAGCUCCAGGCGGUUUUCUCUUUCUCCAUUCCUUGUGCUCCAAAUGAAGGAGACUGCCGAGACUGAAAGAAGGUUCACUUCAACUUGUGCAAAGGAGGUGGUGUGAUCUCUCUUUUGUGACCAGCAUUUACAGAUCACUCAGGCUGGUGUGAUCUAUAAAAUAAAUUUUAAAAGAGUUUGUUCCAGGUAAAA